AUGGCCCUCUCCCCGCGCCUCCCCUCCCCCAACGCAUUCCCCCCCACUUACCCCCCACGUGGCAGGCAGUCCGGCCUCACAGCGAGGAGCACACAGAUCCUCGCCCUGCGUUUUGGAUGGGUUGUGCUCGUUAUUUGGUAUGAGGCUGGAGAAUUCUUCCACUCUCUCUCAACAUGCCGAUUCCCCGAUUCUGCCCUUCGCCAGGCCCACCCCGACUCUCCAGCCCCCUCCCACGUCGUCCUCCUGGCCGAUCCCCACGUCCCCCACCCCGUCCUCUCCUACCCCGAAGGAUCAUACGAAUGGGUCAGCUGGAUACGCCAAAACAUGGACAUUCUCUUCAUGAAGAAGAGCUGGAACGUCGUCAUGCGUCUCGGCAGAGUAGACGGCGUGGUCGUCGUGGGUGAUAUGCUGGAUUGGGGCAGGGGCGUCAUGGAUGAGGGCGAGUACAAAUCGUAUGUCGACCUCUUCCGGUCUAUUUUCCAACUCCCAACGUCGACCCCGAUGCACUUUGUGCCGGGCAACCACGAUAUACCACUCGGUCCCAAUCGGCUCUUUUCCCCAAGAGCCCGCGCUCGGUAUGCGAAAUACUUUGAACCCCCGAAUCAGGUCGUAUCGAUAGCCAACCAUUCGUUGGUCAUGCUCGACUCGGUCGGACUGGUGGAAGAGGAUUACCGGCAUUAUGCAGCAGAGAUGCAGUUUGGAGAGUGGGAUAGUAUCCAAGGAGGGGUCAUUGAAUUUGUAAAGGAUCUGAGAGAACGCAAAGUAGACCGACCGCCGGGACCUACUAUCCUGGUAUCGCAUAUACCUCUGGCCCGGCCUGAACGGGCGACAUGCGGACCGAAUCGAGAAAGAGGACGGAUAUCCAAAGGUGCUGGACCUGGUUAUCAAAACCUGUUGGGUAGCAAGACCAGCAAGUUCUUGCUCGAUGCUAUCAACCCCGUUGUCGUCUUCAGCGGAGAUGACCACGACUAUUGCGAACACACCCACGCGGGAGGCGUCAAAGAAGUCACCAUCAAAUCCUUCUCCUCCUCCGCCGGCAUCCGCCGACCAGGCCUCCAACUCCUCUCCCUCGUACCCCCCGAAGGCCCCCAUCCCCCAGGCGGAAACCUGCUCCCACCCACAUACGCCGACCGCCCGUGUUUCCUGCCCGACCAGCUCGGUGUCUACUGGCGCGUCUACCUGCCUCUCGCAAUCUUGACGGCGUGUUAUCUGUUCUUUACCAAUCUGCGUUCGGCGUGGAAGCAGUGGGAUAGGAGAGGUAGUGUGCCGUUAUCAGACCUUAAAGCGAGGUCGAGUCCGGCGAUGUUGAGUUCUGAAAACUUGAAGCCGCUCUCAUCCUUCUCAACCCGGCGAAACGCCCCCAACUCGCUGAACCUGCCUUCCCGCAAAUCCGCGUCCCACCUCCCCCUUUCAGCGUCUUCAGCUUUGUCGUCGUCCGUCCCCCGGCCCGUCAGGCUGAAUUCGACGCCGAAUUACGCUUUUGCCGAUGGUUCACGGUCAGUAAGCAGCAGUGCGCCCGUAUCGCCCUUCAGCUCCCCCCGGCCAUCCAUCGUCACCAUGCUCGAUACAGACGAGAAAGACCUCGAAGGCGGGAGCAGUACACCCUCCUCCAUGUCACGGCGCUCGUCAUACAUCUACAUGGGCGGGAACAACUCGGCGAACGGGUCGGGCGGUGUGCCGGAUUCGCCUUAUCUCGCUACACCGUCGACGGGCGGGUUGGGGUUGCCGACGGCGAGUUCGGCAGGAUUUGGCGCCACGAAGCGGGUAUCGAGCUCGAACCUAUCUUCCCUCAACCCCAACGCCUCCGGCCCCAUCUCAUCACCCACAACCCCCCGUGCCCCCUUAAACCGCCUCCACUCUUUCGGGGCGCCUACCCCUAAAGCUUUCAACCAACAACCCGUACUAUACACAUUCGCCUCCUCCCCCCAGACGUUUGUAAGACAAUGGGCAGAGAGGGCAAAAGGGUUUGUGAGGUGGGGCAGGAAGGCGAGGAAUGGGGUGGUGGGCAAGAGUUGGAGGGAGGUGGUUAGUGUGGCGUGGGUGGUGGGGGUUGUUUGGGUUGUUGUGAAUGCGUUGUUUUUCUUGGGAUAA